CAUCUUCAGUAGUUCUAACAUAGACAUCGCCAACUCCGUUCCAAUUAAACCGUCAGAAACAUCGCUGCAUUCUUCGCGAAAACAAUGGCCUCCAAACGCGCCGCCCAGCUGUUCGGCGCCCGCUCUAACGCCUCCGUCAUCGGCCAACGGACUACGCGGUUGAGCUUCACCACUGCACGCGCUUUUAGCAUUGCGCCUAAUUCGCCAACCGCAAAUGCUUUGAAGAGCAGAUUCGUAGUCGUAGAAAGCGCAGGGAGACUACAGGCUAUCCAGGCGCAGAAGAGGUGGCACUCACAAGCGCCAAAUGACUUGAAGCAGAACAAACUUUACCAGUUCGACGACGUCCUACACAUUCUCGAAGCCCCAUCAGACUCACGCCUUCUUAUCGAUGUCCGCGAACCCCAUGAAUUCGAGAAAGAUACUAUCCCAACCUCUAUAAACAUCCCCGUCACAUCACAGCCCGAUGCGCUGCUACUAGAUGAAGAAGAAUUCCAGGAUAGGUUUGGUUUUCAAAAACCACCGAAAGGGAAGGAGGUUGUCUUCUUUUGCAAAGCCGGAGUGAGGAGCUCGGCAGCUGCGGGGAUUGCAAGGCAGGCUGGAUAUAUAAACAUCGGCGAGUACCGCGGAUCCUGGCUCGACUGGCAGAAGCGCGGCGGACCGGGCACAAAGUCCCCACCAAAGCCUGAUGGCAUGGGUGAACCUAAAGCCCCUACAACCGAAACAAAGCCUACAGCUAGGACGGGCGACAGUGGGGAAGAGGACCUUGGGCCUCAGGGACAGCCACCAUAUCCACCAGGGCCCAUGGGCCGGCAGUAGAUCUGCGAUGUGAUAUAGGGCUAGACUAUCAACAGAUCACCUCAUAUCAUUGCCCGGAGGUUGUAAAUAUGAAAAUGAAGACUGCACAUAUGACUGGUUCAAGAUCACUGCACAAGCAUAUUGUUAUGAUGACAUUAUGGUAUUAUAAAGGUAGAGUGGAGCUGGCUGCAACUAUAUGGC